GUGUGUAGAGGAAGUGGCGGCUGAUCUGGGUCCGCACCUUUUCCGGUAACACAGCCCCGCUACAGCUCGACUGAACGGCCGCAGAGAGAGAGGGAGGAAGCGCGACGGAGAGAGCGGCAAGAGCGGGGAGAAACUGCCCGGGGACGGAGGGGAGAUCGCCACGAACGCAGGGGGAAGAGGAGAAGAAAGUCGGAUGAAUCAAUGACCUUUUGGGGAGGUCUUCCUCUGGAGGUCCCGCGGCAGAAACGCACCGGAGUGCUCGUGAGAAGAAGCGGGGAAAAACCCGGGGCUGUGAAAUCCAUCGACUGGAUUUGAUUGAAGGCAAGUGUGGAGCUGCCGAAGGAGGAAGUGGGAACCCGGGGCUCAGGACUGGGCCUGAUUCACCGACUGAAGGCUUCUUGUGGACAUCUCCAGCAGAUCCGCCUGGUUCCUGAAGGGGAAAUAAGGUCUGAAAUGUGGCCUCAGCUGCUCUAAAGCCGUCGGGGGUUGCAAAUCUUCUUUUUUUUUUAACCUCUUCUAGCGGAUCAUGAAAAUAUAUCCCCACCCAAAUCUACCAGGGCUCCACACACACUGCUCCCAGUGAGUCACCAUCUCAGGUCACAUCACCUCAGUCCAACACAAUUGUACAACUCAAACUUGAAAGUCAGCACCUUUAGAAAACUGACACUUGUGUGAGCCCACCGCGGCCGUCACGUGGAAGAGGCUCCCAGCACACACACUGACACUCUGACCUCUCACCCUUGGACUGUGUCUCAUUAGAGAAGUGAUUUUUUUAUUUCAUUUUAAACCCAAGUAUUUAUGCCCAGCAAACAAGAUGGGCAAAAUGCUGUCAAAGAUCUUUGGCAACAAGGAGAUGAGAAUAUUGAUGCUUGGACUUGACGCCGCCGGCAAGACGACCAUCCUGUACAAGCUGAAGCUGGGACAGUCGGUCACCACCAUCCCCACGGUGGGCUUCAACGUGGAGACCGUCACCUACAAGAAUGUGAAGUUCAACGUUUGGGACGUGGGUGGGCAGGACAAGAUCCGGCCCCUCUGGAGACAUUACUACACCGGCACCCAGGGCCUCAUUUUCGUGGUGGACUGUGCCGACAGGGACAGGAUCGACGAGGCCAGGCAGGAGCUCCACCGCAUCAUCAACGACCGGGAGAUGCGGGACGCCAUCAUCCUGAUCUUCGCCAACAAGCAGGACCUGCCCGACGCCAUGAAGCCCCACGAGAUCCAGGAGAAGCUGGGCCUGACCCGGAUCCGCGAUAGGAAUUGGUACGUUCAGCCCGCGUGUGCGACCACGGGGGACGGACUAUGCGAAGGCCUCACCUGGCUUACCUCAAAUUACAAAUCUUAAUGUUGCUCCCACUUCACCAGCCUGGACACUUGGAGACAGAAAUAGUAGCUGAGAAUGAAAACACGAGUUUAGAAAAAAAAAAUAAAAAUGCAAUCCGAAGCAAUUAAUACCACAACCUCUCUUCUGAGUAUAUAUCAUAGAGAGUAGAAAUUAUAAUUUGUUUUCUUUUUCUUUUCUUUUUUUGAUAAUGAUGACUUCACUAUAACCCCAGAUUUCAUUUAAACAAUUGUUUUACGCCUGGCUUUUCUUUUAGUUUGCUUUGGUUCACAUUCUGUAUAAUCAGUACUGUCUAAAUAUACAUUAAGCUUCAUUUCCAGCUCGUACUGCAAAUCCUUUUUUUUUUCGUUUCCUCCUGUUUGGUACCAUUUUGGGUACUUUGGGACACACACUUACCGUUUCGACCCCCCCGCUCAGCUCUCAUUCAGUAUUCUCACGACCCCGGCUACAUAUCCAAAGGAUGGUGGUGGUGGGGGGUGGGGGAGGUCCAGAAACUAUCGCCUAUAGCAUCAGCAUAUCACCUUCGUGGCUCAAACUGCCUCUGCAUCGUGUAAGAAUGUGUACUGUGGACAUGUUAGGACCUCGAAGAAGAAAAGACAAAAAAAGUAACUGUUUUCAUAUCUGAUUGUACUGGGAUGAAUGAGGAAACGUGUUAGUACUUAUUUCCUGUGCAGUGAUUACAUCCAUCAUGUCUGCUGUGGCGGUUUGUUUUCAAGGACACUAUGUGGACGCUGGAUAUUCACACACACUGUGAUAUGGAUAUAUAUUUUUGUUGUUUCAGGGGUGUCAACCUGUUACCACCAGUCUUAUUAUUGCCUGUUUAUUCUUUUCCUCUCAGAGCUUCCAUUACUUCUGAGUAUUUUUUUAGUUUCAGCUGCCUUAGGAGGGGGUCACAGAUGCCCCCCCCCCCCCCCCCCAUUCCCCCAAAAAUCAAAUAAAAAAAAUGAAGACAGUUACUACAACAGAAGGUGUUCUCAAAAUGCUGAGUUUGCACUUUGGGGAGGGUGUGUUGGUGCGUGAAUGUGCUGGGUGGGGGUUCCGACGAGCUGGCCGUGCACAUUUUAAUUUUCUGUGACUGACUUUUGGGGCCCCAGCGAGUGUUUACGAAUUUCCCAACCUCCCCCGCCACCUCCAGUGUAGGUGCCUCAGUGACUGCUCCUCCUCCUCCUCUUCUUCUUCUUCUUCUUUUUAUUCCAUCAUCACCUGCCUGUAGAGGUAAAGGUCCUCCAACACCAGCCUUCUGUGGAUUGUUUCUAGAUACUGCUCUUUUAUUUUAUUUUGUUCGCUUCCUUUUUUCUCUGCUAAUGAAAUAAUAAAAAAAUAUAUCCAGA